AUGAGCGAAACUUCUUCCACUAGUGUUUCCAUGAUUCAUCGGUCUUUUGAAGGUCAAGGUCCUCCUCGCCACCUGAGUGUCAUGCAUCCUGUUGUGGCCAAAAAAAUCAGCUUCUACAAGAGUGGAGACCCACAGUUUGGCGGGGUCAAGGUGGUGGUCAACCCGCGUUCCUUCAAGACAUUUGAUGCUUUGCUCGAUAACUUAUCAAGGAAGGUGCCUUUACCUUUCGGGGUGAGGAACAUCAGCACCCCUCGGGGAAGGCACAGCAUCACACGCCUGGAGGAGCUGGAGGACGGCGCGUCGUACCUGUGCUCCCACCGUAGGAAAGUGCAGCCGGUCGACCUCGACAAGGCCCGCCGGCGCCCGCGACCGUGGCUCAGCAGCCGGGCCAUCAGUGCGCAUGCGCAGCGCUCCCCGCCGACCAGCAUAGGCGCCGCCGGGGCUCCCGGCAUGCUACGCGCCCCGCGAAGGCUUCUGGUCUUUAGAAAUGGCGACCCGAAGAUAAGGCGCGUGGUUAUUGUGAACAGAAGGGUCACGCAGAGCUUCCAGGCUUUUCUGCAGCACCUGACAGAGGUUAUGCGGUUCCCGGUGACCAAGCUGUAUGCCACGGAUGGAAGGAAGGUUCCCAGUCUCCAGGCGGUGAUCCUGAGCUCUGGAGCUGUGGUGGCAGCAGGAAGGGAGCCAUUUAAACCAGGAAAUUAUGACAUCCAGAAGUACUUGCUUUCUGCAAGAUUACCAGGGACCUCUCAUCAUGUAUACAUCAAGGGAAAUACUAGAUCAGAAAGCAGAAAGAUGAGCACACAUGUGCCUUCAAGCCCAAGGUCCCAGAUUUAUUCUGUUUCUUCUGGCAAAAUGCAUAAUAAUGAUUGCUACUCAGACCAUUCUUUUGCUUCUGAAAAUUACUUGGCCUUGGAAAAAAAUGAUUCUCGGAAUUUACUGAUAUACCCUUCUGAAGAUGAUAUUGAGAAAUCAAUUAUUUUUAAUCAAGAUGGCACCAUGACAGUUGAGAUGAAAGUUCGAUUUAAGAUAAAAGAGGAGGAAACCAUAAAGUGGACCACUGUCAGUAGAGCUAGUCUUUCUCAUAACAAUGAAAAGUGUGAGGUAGGCUGUUUUCCAGGAAGAACAGAUGAUCAGUCAUCUCAUUUAAAGAUUGCGGCAUGCUCAUUGUCUGCAGAUGUCUCAUCUCUGGAGAAAGACAAUAAUCAAGAGGUCAGUUUGACAGAGGAAAUAAACACUCGAAUAACAGAUCAAGAGACUGAAACUUGCACUUCUGUUAGUUGGGAGAAUGGUGCUAUGGACACAAACACUGUCCAGGGGACUCAGGAUCAAGCAAAGCAUCAUUUUUAUAGGCCCCCUACACCUGGACCAAAGAGAGUGAGACAAAAAUCUGUGAGAGGGAGUGUGACCUUGGUUUCUGAAACGGAAGUUGAAGAGGAAAUGAUUAGACAAUUUUCCUAUAGUGAAGCAAGGGAAGAUGGGGAAAACAAAUCUGAGUAUCACAUGUUCACACAUUCUUGCAGUAAAAUGUCAUCAGUAUCUAACAAACCACUGCUUGUUCAGAUCAAUAACAAUGAGCAGAUGGAGUCAUCUUUAGAAAGGAAAAAGGAGAGCAGGUUGCUCAAGUCAGGUGCAAUACGUGCUGGUGUAGAAAUUACAAAUCAGAAGAUGUUAGAGAUGUCUCAUAAUAAUGGCUCGCCGCAGACUAUAUCAGAAAACUCAAUUGUGGGGGAAGUUAUAGUUGAUAGUUUAACAUCAGACAACAAAACUAAUAUCAAAAUCUUAAGGCCUUAUAGUAGGACCAGGGAUAGAUUCAGCCCUAUUUUAGCAGAUACGACUCAUUCUUUAAGUAACGACUCUGGAAUUGACAAAACUGUUUCUGAGAUCCCAGCUUUGGUAGAGUCUUCCACUGUUACCACAAGAAUUGACAGACUAAUUAAUGAAUUUGCUCAGUGUGAUUUAACAAAAUUUCCAGCAAAUGAAAAGCAGACUUCGUUAUCUGUUGCCAGCAAAAAGAAGAUGAAAUCUCAGCAACAAGUGAUAAAUUCUAGGCAUCAGAUCCGGAAGAUUGCAACCAAAGGAAUUCUUAGUAAGAAUAAGAGAAUAAACACAGGACGUAGAAUUGCACAGGAAAUCAUAUUGGAGGGUUCAGAUGGUUCCCUUAAAGGAGGAGUAGUUUGUGAGGAAGACCUCCAUGUAAGUGAUACGGUAAUUGAAUCAAAUUAUUGUUCCCAAAGUGAUCUCAAUCCUGUAAAUUCCAAGAAUUUCCAUGUAAAUAAAUUAAAUACUCUUCAGAAUCCUAAGAAGUUUCAAGGACUUUUAGCUAAAAGAAAAUCCAGACCACUAACCAAAGUAAGUUUAGGAGGACCUACAAAAAGAGAAAUUGGUCAAGGAGAUAAAGUAUUUCCCCAUAAUGACUUUAGGUAUUGCAAAAAUAAUUUUGAAGAUCAAAAUUUAUUUCCUAUGUUUAACUUCCUUGAGCAAAGACCCAGUGAUUUUUGUGGACCACAGGGCCAAGCAGAAAUAGCAUCUUGGUAUUUGGGAGGAAUUACUAAGAAAAAUUUAGUUUCAAAAGUUAAUAAUUCACACAUAACUUUAAAAACUCAGAAGAAACAAAAAGGGGAUAAGUUAAAAUCAAGUACUACUGUAAGUAAACAACAAGUUACAACCAGGGCAAAUUCCUUAGGUUCUUUGAAAAAAGCUGUUUUUCCUGAGGCUAUUAGCCAUCAUUCAGUUCAAAAUUAUAUACAGAGAUGGUUGCAGAACACAAAUCCACAUUCAGCUUUGCAAUCUAGAAAAUCAGCUCCAAUAUACAAAAAGGAUAGGAGUGUGGUAAGUUGUAACAACAAUGGUUUUGCAGGAACUAAGUCCCACACAAGUUCUGGAGAAGGAAAUAAUUUUGCUAGAGAAAGUAACAAGUAUAUAACUAAAAAUGCCAGUUUGACAGAAAAUCUAGGUAAAAAGGUAGGUAAAUUUUUUGACAAAGUUAACAGUGAAGAACUUUCUAAAGAUCUCUGUGAGAACCAGGUUGAAUCUCUGAAUGAUGCUUGCUUGCUUCCCUUGCAUGAAAAUUGUGCUUUGUCACAGUCAGCUAUUGAUGAUCAUAAUACUAAAAUCCAGGUAUGUGCUGAAAAAUUAGGACCAGAGAUAAGCCUUGUUUACCAAGAGAUAAAUGUAGCUACAAAAAGGCACAGCGUAGAAGCUGCCAUUCAAGUAGAUCUUACAGAAGAAGACACUUCAAAAGACCCUUUACCAAUCUUAUUGCUUCGCCAACUGCAAGCUUUAGUUCCUAGUAUUCAUAAGACUCAGAAUGGAAUUACUCAAAUGCCAGGUUCACUUGCAGAUAUUCCCUUCUCUUCCCCAAUAUGUAAGUCUUAUACUAAUGUUCUUCUAGCUUGGCUUCUGGUACUAACCUUAAAAGGAAGUAUAAAUAGCUUCUGUCAAGGUGAUGCUCACAAGACUACCAACAGAGCUUCAGAAAUACUUGGAUUAUUGGAGGUCCUAAGGCAUACUGCCAUCACAGAGGAAGCUGAUGAUUUGAAGGCUGCUGUUGCCAAUUUAGUGGAAUCAACCACAAAUCACUUUGGACUCACUGAGAAAGAACAAGACAUGGUUCCAGUAGGACUUUCUGCAAAUUGUUCCACACCCAACCUUCAUAGAGUUCCUAAGUGCGUUGAAAAUGAAAAAACACAGAAAAUCUCUUCAGGUGGAGGCCACUCUGCCAGUGAGCACUGUGGCCCUGAAGCCUGUGUUUCAGAGUUGACUUGUUCAUGUCAGAUGUGCAUUGUGAAUAAGACCUGUCCUCCAAAAGAGACUUGUAACCUCAGUGACAUUUUUUGCCCUAGUGAUGGCUGUACUGUUGAUCAGACCCCCAUGAAUAAGGCUUGUUUCCAAGGAGAGGUCUGUUCACUUACUGAUGCUCUAUCUUCCCACAGGGCUUGUGCUCAUGAAGAAAACCAUAGUCGUAAGGCAACUUGCCCAAUUGAUGAGGCCUACAUUCCCAACAAAAUCUGUAACACCAGUGAUUUUUUAAUUUUUAAAGAAAACACAUGUACUGAUAAUUUGGAAUUGACUGAAGAAUUAGAAAGAAUAAAUAAAGUUCAGAAAGAUCUAAAUGUUUUGGCAGACCCUGGGUGUAAACAUAGCUUUAAUAUAUUGGUAUCAGACCAGAAUAUCAGCAAUUUAAGCUACUCUAGCUUUCCCAUAAAUGAAACUGAACCAGAAUUUGAUAAGGAACGUAGUUCUGUAGCUGAAUUGAAAAAUUAUUCAUUAAAGACAUUUCAGGGUAAAAAUGCAUAUACAUCCUCUGAUAAGGAAGACUCCAAGACUUCUGAAGAACCAGGCUCAAUAACCAAUAGCAUGACAUCAAGUGAAAGAAACAUUUCAGAAUUGGAAUCUUUUGAAGAAUUAGAAAACCAGGACACUGAUACCUUUCAUAUGAAGGUAAAUGCAAGAGAGCAGGCCGCUGAAGAAUUGAUCCAAAAAGAGUUAGAGGCUAGUAAAAAUUUGCAAUUGAUCGAUGGCUCCAGAAGGAACAUUACAGAAGAAGAAGAAAGAAAUGGUAUAAUUUGCGAGGCAAUCCGAAGGAGGCUGGCAACACCACCAUCUUUAGUGUUUUGCUAUGAUUCUAAGCAAAAUACUGAAAAGGACCUCAAUGAAGGAGAAACUGAAAUGAGAGUAAAAAUGAUGGUGAAAAGCGUGGAAAUUGGAAGUUAUUCAGAGUCCUCUCUUGAUUUUAAAAAUGACUUCAUAGGACCAGUGACUUCUGAUUGGUCUGAAUUUAGACCAAGCAGUGAGAAUGAGCAGCCAUAUAAAACAUCCAGUGAUGGCCCCAAUGGCAGUUGUGAGGAAAUUGUUCAAGACAAGGACUAUAAUAAAGGAUUUGUUAAAAGGACAAUAGAAAAACUUUACAGUAAAGGGGAAAUUAUUAAACCAUCUUUUUUUUCUGGGUCUAUACACAGAUCUCAGGUUUGUCCUUAUAAUUCUGUUGAAUUUCAGUGUGCUAGGAAAGUAGAUCUUUAUGAUUCUGAAGGUCAGUCAUUUGGCUCUUCUGAACAGCUCUCUAGUAAUUCAUCUAUGUUGCAGAAAUUUCUAGAAGAAGGACAAGAUAAAUGUGACUUUAAUGAUGUGAGGGCCAAUUAUCAUGGAGGAGACAUUUUAGGACAUGGUACAAAACAAAACGAUCAUAACAGAAUCAUCAGAGACAUAGAAGAAGGAGUACUGAUUGAUAAAGGAAAGUGGCUCUUGAAAGAAAAUCAUUUGUUAAGAAUAUCAUCUCCUGAAAAUUCAGGCUUAUAUGGCAAUGCAGACACCAUAUCAGUGGAUACUCUACUUAAUAAUGACAAUGAAGUACCAUAUUCCCAUUUCGGAAAUUUGGCCCCAGACCCAACCAUGGCUGAGCUGUCCUCUUCAGAAUUGGAGGAAUUGAGUCAACCCCUUGAACUGAAAUGCAGUUAUUUUAAUAUGCCUCAUUGUAGUGAUUCUGAGCCUUUUUGUGAGGAUUUGCUAGAUGUUCAAAAUAAAACUUGUGCCAGGGAGAGAAUACCAGUUCAUCAUGCAGAGGAGAAGGCUAAUCAUAAAUCAGAAAGAGUAUGCACAUCAGUAACUCAUGGCUUUACAUCUGCUGGUAACAAAGUUCAUCCUGUCUCUGAUGAUACUAUUAAAAAUCAACCUUUGCCUGUUAAUAAUGCAAUUCAUGGUGCACUUCAGGAAGGCGACUCUCUGGAUAAACUCUAUGCUAUCUGUGGACAGCAUUGCCCAAUACUAACUGUUAUCAUCCAGCCUAUAAAUGAGGAAGACCGAGGAUUUGCAUAUUGCAAAAAUUCUGAUAUUGAAAAUUUCUUGGGCCUCCAUUUAUGGAUGAAAGUACAUCCAUAUUUACUACCAUCAAACAAAACCAUAUUUAGAGAUGCUAACAAUAAAGCAAAUGGUAGAAAAGCAUUUAUUGAUAAUGCCUUUGAUGAUACAUUUGACUUGAUGGAUAAAAGAAAAUUAAGAAAUUUAAAAGGAAUUAGUUCAUUGGGCUUAGAGGAAGAAAAUAAUUUAAAGAAAUUUCAAUUAUAUUUAAAGAAAAAGUUUUGUGUGAAUUUCUUGCACACAUCAUUGUUGAUUGUGGAUAAUAGGAAUUCAGAUACACGUGACUCCAUUAAUCAGACAAAUGAAAUCUUUGAAGUAGUUGAUGAGAAUAAUAAUUUCUUGAAUAGCAGAUUUCAGAACUCAAGAACAAAUCUCAACCAAGUAGUAAGAGAAUGUAGUGACUUCUUUUUUGAAAUGCAUGGUCAGACUUGCCUAUUUUACCAAGUUGAAACAUCCUUAAAUAUUAGUAACAGAAAUACAGUAGAAAUAUUUUAUGUAUUUGAGGAUGAAAAUCUUUUUAUUUGGGAAGAGGAAAGCCAAUUUGAUCUUGAAAGCAAUGAUGAAGAUUUAUAAUUUUAAUAUCAGCACAGACUUUUAAAAUCAAUACAUUUUUUCCUCAUAAUGAGAUGAAACAUCUAGAAUGGGCAUAGACGAGAUAACCUUUAAAAAUUUCCCACUUCUUUAAAAUGAGCUUAUUCUAGAAGCUUGCACUUGGAUAAUCUGAUUUGACUUUCAUUAUUCUGCUGUUCUUCAUUUUUCCAAAAAUUAGAGACUCAGUUUUUAUUGUAUUAUUUUUGAAAUUUUUGUGUUUGUUUUUCCCUGAACAUAUGUAACUUCCUAGAACUGAUUCUUCUUUCAGGACAUCACAAAAGCCCUAAGGACAGGAAUUAGAUAUUUUUUCUCUCCUUUUAUGUUGUUUACUUUAGUGCAAAAUGUGUAUUGGUGAAUAAAAUAUAUUGAUGAAUAAAUAGAAUAGACAUA